AUGUGGGUGUUCGGUGGCCAGAGCGUCCGCCAGGAGAAUGACUUGUGGAGUAUUGACCUAGAGGCCAAUGCUCUUGCUUGGCAAGAGCGAUCUCCAUCGGGCACUUUGCCUGGUGGGCGAGUCGACCACGCUGCGGUGAUUACAGGUGCCGGACGCAUGUGGAUCUUCGGUGGCACCAGCCCCACAAAAGACGACUUGUGGUACAUCGAUACGCAGGGCCCAAGCUUGCAGUGGAACGAGGUGCUGCCGUCCGGAACCUUGCCAGAUGCUCGCUACGGUCACAUUGCGGUGUUAUCUCCGGCCGGGGAGAUGUGGAUCUAUGGUGGCUGGGGAACAAGUAGGCUGGGUGACCUCUGGAGGAUCGAUCUCGAGGGUUUCACAAGCACCACGACCACGUCUGCAACAUCAUUUACUACCGCAACGACGACUUCGUUGUCAUCAACUACGUCGUCCGCGUCCUUUACCACUACGACCACUUCCACAUCGUCGUCAUUGACCACGACAACCAUGUCAACCUCCUCAACAUCCUCAUCGUUGACAACAUCGUCCACAUCAGAGACAAGUACCACCACCCUGACUUCUUCGUCGACACUCUCCUCAACAACAUCAUCUUCCACAUCAGAGACAAGUACUACCACCCUGACCUCUUCGUCGACACUCUCCUCAACAACAUCAUCUUCAUCUACCUCUGGCACCUCCAGCACGUCAACAACCACAUUCUCGACAUCAACAUCGGCGACAACAACUUCUACAUCGACUUCUUCGUCCUCUUCGUCUUCUUUAAGCACGACCUCGAGUUCGACGAUGUCACUGACGAAAACCUCAUCAUCAACAGUGACAACAACGAGGACAAUCUCCACGACGUCGUCGAUGACAAGUUCGACGACCACGACCAGCUCGGCAACACAGACCCGCACGCUGUCAAGCACGACCCGGACUCUUUCCACAACCACCGCAGACAGCGAGCUGAUGAGGGAGAUCAGCUCGCUGAUCGGUCAGCUGGCUCAAGAGGGUGGUGAGUCGCUCAGUGCAACGACGGAUCUCGGUACCAUGGUGGCGUUCAAGUUGCCCGCCAACUCCAGUAAUUCCAGCUUCCUUCCCUUGGUCGUGGAGAACAGCCCAGCUGCUGCGCUGCUGCCUCAAGAGCUCGUGCAGGAGGUCUCAGAAGGCCGAGGGGCGGUUCUCGUCGCAACCACCCUGGAUGGCCCAAGCAGCGAAAGCAUGGGUGCUGGUCGCAAGAUGCGCACGAACCUUGGACGGCCGAUUCAGGCUGCCGUGCCUGCAGUGGACAUCUCGAUCGUCGACGUGGAGAGCUUGGGUGUCCUCGAAGUUCAAGGCACCAGGACCUUCUUUGUGCGGAUUGCAGAGUCGCCUCCCGAUCCGGAGUGGAUUUGCGCUUACCUCGAUGGCGACUCAUGGUCAACAGAGGGUGUGCGCUUGGCGACAACUUCGGAGUUGGAGGCUGCGCUCGGAGUUUCCGCAGACACGUCCGGGGUGUGGUGUGCUACGGUCCACUUGUCCAUCUUCGGUGCUUUCAUCGACAUCCUGCUCGACUGCACGAAUGCCAACAUGUUGACGCCAGAGGGUCUCCGAGAGAUUAUCGAUCGUCAGGGCUGGUGGAUGCGGCCGCCUGCCCUGGCAUUGUUCGUCCUCCUUGUGGGUAGCUUGGUGCUCAUCGCCUUGGGGGUGUGGAGUGAUACCCGGGUCCGGCGCCUUGGGCUCUGGCGCGAUGAGAACUUCCUCUCCGACGAUGUGACCCAGGCGCCUCGGCACUGUUGCAGGCGUCGCUCGGGGAAGAAGCAGUCAAAGUCCAAGAACGGUGAGGCCGCCCCAAGGGCUGCCCGUGAAUCGCACGAUUUGCUUCGCCGACUUCGGCAACCUGUGGCUGCGGGACUGAGGGAGUUUGUCAUCUACCGGAACACUCUGUGGGAGGUUGCCAGGGAGUACAGGCUGCAUACCAGCUCCAUCGAAAGCCACAUCUGGGGUAAGAGUGGCUGGAUCCAGGGCAGCUUAGCCAUGCAAACCUCUCCGAAGCUCAAGGAGCUAGCCAUCAAGCUGGAAGAAGGCUUGCCGCGUGCUUUCGUCCGAGUCCACACAUCACGUUUUGCUCGCGUACGGGCAGCCAUGAUGACAACGCAUCCUGUGUAUGAGCUCUGCAUGUGUGACUUGCACAUCACCGCAGCCAAGCGGGCCAAGAUUGUGGGGGACUGUAUCCUGGGAUCCUUGGCAUUUGUGGCACUGUUCUUUUCAGUGGAUGGCUCGGCCGUGGGCGCACGAAGUCCGGAAGAAUGUCCCAUUGAGCAAGGAAGCUUCCUGUGGUACACCUUCGUGUCUCUCUUCUCCGUGCUCCUCAACUGCGUGCCCCGCAGUCUGGAGUACCGACUUGCGCAGCGAGGUUUCGUGCAGAAGAGCCACGAACACCACGCCCGGCAGCUUCUGAGAAGGCAGUUGAAGGAUAUCGGCUUUUGGCUGGUUGGCACCUGCCUCUCGCUCUGCUACCUGCUUGUCGUGACCGCCUUUUUGGCAAACCUUUCUGAGGGCGAUGAGGGGAAAUGGAUGUUCAGCUUCGCAGUGGUUGUUGUUCGGAAGCUGGUGGUGGUGCCGGUUCUCGCCACCUUGCUGUCCAGCGUUGGCACUGAACUUAGCAUUUGCGCGCUCUCCGGGGAGGCUCUUUCCCCACCUAAGAAGUUCGGAUUGGAUCUGCAGCUUGCCACGGCUGGUGCAGAAACCGCUUCCUCGACACCCGAAGAAUCGGAAGGCGCUGCGAGUGAAGUUUGGCACCAGAAGGUCCGGGAUCUGGCAGGCCGUGGCAUAACCGUUCGCCAGCUUCUUGACUUCUAUGCCGACCUCGGACAGAGCACCAUGAAGCAUUUUGAACCUCACCAGUCAACGACACAUGACGUGGUCCGCCAAGUGAUCAUCCCAAACUCGCUUCAGCUGCGGGAAGCCCGCUUCUUUUUCGUCCUGCUGCGGCAGGUGACAAAUUUGGCUGGUCCUUCCAAGCCAUAUUGCAAAGUGUCAGUCAGAGGCCCCACAGCCGAGUCAAAACCCUGGAAAGGCGGAGGCUUCGCAGCUCCUGGUGCCAACAAGGGGACGCCCGCGUGGGACUCACAAAUCGUGGCGGAGGACGUGGAAAAGGAGGACCGUCUCUUCUUCGAGCUCCUGGACGACGGCGCGCCGCCGGACCUCCGAAACCUUGGAAAUCUGGAGCUGCCGGCAUCCAAGUUUUGGCAUGGGCUACGCACAGAACUGCAACUCAACGACUCCCAGGACAUCAAGCUCCAAGUUGAAAUCACCGCUCACAAGACGGUGGAAGAAGCCAAGAAGGUUGCACAGAAAGCAAACGAGGCCCACGGUUCGGCCACCAAGUCCAAGUGGACUCCGACUGGACUUCCUUGGCGACAGCAGAGAGAUCACGACAUCCCAAUCGACUUGUCUGACACCGACGAGCGGGUCCUGAGCAUCGAGACCCCGCGUCGUUACACCAUGACCAUCGCAAGCUGGCCGAAAGACGACGACGAAGAACCGAUGCCGACAUCUACCAGCCAAGGCUAUGCAUAUGCCACGGUUGUAAACAAUGGACAGCCCUACCUUGCUCAAAAGAUGGUAACACACGGAUGGCGAAACAAGUUCACUUACCUCCUUGCGGCGAUCUUCGCGGAUGCCUUGGAUGUGGAGAUGUAUGAUGAGGUGGCUCAGCUACUUGCAGAGCGCCAAUUUGACAAGCUGGCCUCAGCCUUGCGCAGAAAAGGAAAGCUUGACAUUCGCUAUUGGGUAUGUGCUUUCUGUGUGAAUCAACAUACUGGCAUUUGCGCAACGCCACCACCAACGGACUCUUCCGGCUGUGCUAUAACGCCGUGCUCUUGCGGAACAUCGAAGAAUUUCACCGGAGACCUUAGCGAGAUGAAUAAGUUCGAUGACAUGAUGGCCUAUCUGAAGAAGACCUUGCGGGCGCAGGGCCGUGUUCGUUUAGAGCAGGUGGUGGCCCUGGAGACCGACUUUUCCCUCCUGACGCGGGUCUGGUGCUUGGCCGAGCUGGUGGAGGCAUAUGAAGUCCACCUUCCACAGGCCGUGAAGAUGCACUCUGCCGCAUCGAGGGAUAUUUGCUUGGAGAGACUGGCAAAACUCGAUGUCAGAGACUCUGAAGCAUCCUUUCCGGCAGAUAAGGAGCUUGUGCUGAGCAAGAUCGACGACAUGGACGAUUUCAACCUCGGCCUGCAAAAUCUCGUGAUGCAUCGCCUGGAGCAAUUCCUCCAGGAUAACCGAGCGUGCUCGGCUGCCAGCCUCUUCGAUAACAUCGUCCUGGCAGCCCUCACUGUGACCAUGUGA